UAGAGGGUACGUAUGAAUGUCAAGACUUUGGGAACAGUACAUCAAGUUCAUAUUAUCGUAAUUGUUCAGAUGUCAUUAAAGAUGCUGGAAUAACAAACAUGGCUGAAUCGGCUGAACUCCUCAAUGAAGCAGUCACAGAACCAGUAAUGAAUCUUAACACGUGUCAGGAUUUUCCUUUUAUUGAUGACGAGAACAGAGGAGGCUGUGCCCUAACAGUCCAGCCUUGUUACUAUACUGUGUUAGUUACUGAUCGCUACAAGGGUAGCCGUCAUAUGGGAGACACUUUUAAUACCAGUGGCCCUGAUUUAUUAACCUCCUGUUCAGGACCCAACAGAGUAUUGACAGUUGGUGAAAGCUACGUACUGGGUGUAGGAGGUCCUUGUUAUAUCAUUCGUGACUGGGGCCUGGUCAAUGACUUUAGUACUUUGGAAUUUGACAUUUUGUUCAGUUUACGCAAUACAGGGAGAAGCACCGAAUGUCCUGGUACUAUUGGAUUGACUGGAGCCCAAGUAGCCAUAGUGACAGUAGUAGUCAUUAUAUAUGUAGCGAUUAUAGUCGUACUACUUGUUGUCGCUGCUGUCCUGUCUUUGAAAUGCAAAGAUGAUAAAACAAAGAAGCGCCACAGGCAGGCAGUAAUUGCUGAUGACGAGUCAAAGGAUGCUUUACAGAAUGUCACUGAUGAUAUCAAUAGCAACGAUGAGAAGGAAACCGUUCUCCUGUCCUCCAAAAGCACAGAUAUUUAAUAAACAAGAGACACAUUGCAAAACUAAUCGUAUUUUUGUUUACUUUUUAAAAUGUAAAAGUAAUAGACAAACAUUUGUUGUACUCUAUGAUGGAGAUCAGAUCAUCAGGAUGUGACUAUUGGGCACUGGGCAGGGCUCUUUGUAAAAAUUAAAGAUGGCAUUUAUCCAAUGUCAUCCGCCAAGGUCUCGAAUACUGUACAUUGUAAUAGCUGUGGGGCUGUUCCUUAAUGCAAUACUUCUCUUAAGACUCUCCAGCAGUACAAGAGAUACUGUAGAACUAGACGAGGAAGUAAAAGAAGCAGAGAAGACAAGUGUCCCUCCUAAUAAUAAUAAUAAUAAUAAUAAUAAUUGUAAAGAUACAAGACGUGUCGUGUGGAUUAAUGCCAAGAAAGAAGUAGCCAUGAGCCACGUGAUGGCUGUGUUUGAUAGACUAGACUAUCGAGCUAUUUACAAAGCAGAAUAUCAUUUCAAUCUACCAACUGAACCGUGGGACGUGAUGUGGUCACAUGGCUACCCGUACAACGUGUUUAAGGACGAACUGAAGCAUUUGCUGCCUCACCAAAAGAUUAAUCAUUUUCCCGGGACUUCGUGUUUCGUGAGUAAACCCAAAUUAUCGACUCAAGGCUUUCCAUUUAUGCCCCGAUCAUUCCGGCUUCCUUUUGAGGCAAAGAAACUGAUGGCAGAGGUUAAUAGCAGACCAAAUACACUGUGGGUACAAAAGAGUAACAAGCAUAGAGGAAUUAGAGUUAUUAAACCUAAAGAAAUUAAUUUAAACUUUGAGGGAAGCAUAGUUCAAGAAUUCAUCACAAACCCAAUGAUAAUUGAUGGCCGGUCAUUUGACAUUGGUGUCUAUGUAGUUAUAACAUCAAUCAAUCCGUUACGAGUAUACGUGUAUGGAGAAGAGAUACUGUGGAGAUUUUGCGCUAAGAAUUAUUAUCCAUUUAAUCCAAAGAACAAGAGAAGCUAUGUUGUUGAUGAUGAAUAUACACCAGCAUGGGAGAUACCAUCACUGACUCCAUUGGUUAAAGACAAAGGCUUGAGCCACAAGGAAGCCUUUAACUACAUUUUGACAAAGAAAGGUUUUAAGUCAAGACAGUUUUGGGAUCAAGCUCAUAGUAUCAUACAGAAAGUCUUGAUGCACUGUGAAAGCAAUGUGGUCAAUUAUACCAGAUCAUAUGCAAGCACAAGAAAUUUUUUUGAAUUGGUGAGAUUUGAUUUCAUACUAACGGAAGAGCUCAAAGUUUGGCUUAUGGAGGUUAACCUCUCGCCUAAUCUCUCCUCCUCACACACGACUGAUAACCGUUUCCUUUAUGAACAAAUCAUUUUCAAUUCUGUAAAACUUACUGGUUUGGCAAGAGGAGUUGGCUUAGGCCUACAUUACAAUGGAGAGACUGAAAGCAUUAUGCUGGUGAACGAUCACGACAUACAGGCGCCUUUACAGCAGUGUUUGAAUAAUAGCUGUAGCCAAAACUGUGGAUAUCACCUGUCGUGUCAACUCUGUCAUUCCUGCAUGUCAGAGGAGCUCUCCUUUACCCUGAAGUCGGCUUUUCUUGAGUUCACCAACAGGCGCAACUUCUAUCGGCUGGUCCCUCCUCCCCUCACUGGUUGCCACGGAAACCUCUUGUUAACUGGAGGCGUGAACAGCCACGUAUCUCUGAGGGUUAAUAAUUAUUUAAUGGACGAGUGGUACAGGGGGAAGUGCUGUCAGAAUCAUCAUUGGUGUUCAUAAUGCAUGAUUUAAUUAAUUUUCGUAAUGAGUUUUUAUAUCCAUCAAGCUUUUUCCUGGUAAAAAUAACAAUUAAAACUUUAGAGUAGCCAUGUACUACGUCAUUGGUUCUAGGACAUGAUCUGUGUGUAUAAUUGUUCUCAUUAAUGUACUUAAUUUAA